GGAUGGCUUGUCGCUGAUGGUACAUCUGCGUUUUCUCUCACCUUUUAUCCAUCCAUGUACGCCCUCGCCGAGCACAUUUUUCUUCAGUAAACGUAGGGGAAAGGGGGGAAAAAAAACAAGCAAAACCAAAACAAGUGCAACUGUCCCCUCUCAUAUUUCGAAAGGUUUUUACCAACGGCUCUGCGACGGUGUGGGGUUUGCAGGAACCAACUGCACCUUUUAUCCCGAAACUUCAUCUUGGUUACGCAAAUGAACUGAACUGCCCGUUUAUUCUGACAGUGAGUGGUUUUAAAUUACCGUGAAUUACUUAAAAAAGUGCGUGAAAAAAAUAUUUUUACGCCAGCACUGAAGGUGUAAUUACUUAACACUUGCAACAUGGCUGCUGCGGGGACGGCAGUGAGAAAAGUUUAACACUGACGUGGGAGAAGUUUUAUGCGAAUGCUAGUUGGUACAUGAGUUGUUGUCCAGAUAAUAAAGUCGUCAGCAGUCUCCCCCGGCCUGGCACCGUUUUCCCCGGACUUAGAAACCAGUGGAUGAACCGUGCUGUGGUGGCGUUUGAGGACUUGUCGUCUCGCAGCAGCAGCCUGUGUUUCGAGCUAAAAAUGCAUUUUUCCAUACCCGAAACGGAGGUUCGUUCGGGAGAAAAUGGAUCAACAUAUGUGGCCUACAACAUCCAUGUCAAUGGUGUCCUGCACUGUCGAGUACGCUACAGUCAACUCCUUGGCCUCCAUGAACAGAUAAAAAAAGAAUAUGGCAGCAACGUGGUGCCUGCCUUCCCCCCAAAGAAGAUCUUCACACUGACUCCCGCUGAGGUCGAACAGAGACGGGAACAGCUGGAGAAAUACAUGCAGGCUGUACGUCAGGAUCCUUUGCUUGGAGCCAGUGAGAUGUUCAACAGCUUCUUAAGGAAAGCACAGCAGGAGACGCAGCAGAUUCCCACAGAAGAUGUUGCUCUAGACAUCUGCCUCUCCAACGGUCAGAAGGUUACAGUCAACAUUCUGACCUCAGAUCAGACGGAGGACGUCCUUGAUGCUGUUGCAACAACGCUUGAACUUGCCGACGACCUCAUUGGUUAUUUCAGUCUCUUCCUCAUUCGAGAGGGCGCGGACGGAGGUUUAACAUUUGUGCGGAAGCUGCAGGAGUUUGAGCUGCCUUACGUAUCCAUCACCAGCUUGCGGACCUCUGAAUUUCACAUACUCCUACGGAAAAGCUAUUGGGACAUGGCAUACGAUAGUGAUGUGAUGGACAGCAGAGUUGGCCUGAAUUUGCUAUACGCCCAGACAGUGUCUGACAUUGAGCGAGGCUGGAUACUCGUCAACAAAGACCAGCACAGGCAGCUCAAAUCACUGCAGGAGAAAGGCUCCAAGAAAGAGUUCAUCCAUCUAGCUCAGACGCUCAAGUAUUACGGCUAUAUCAAGUUUGACCCAUGUAUUACCGACUUCCCUGAGAAGGGCUGCCAAGUCAUCGUCAGCGCCGGCAACAACGAGCUCAACUUCCACGUCAAGCUGCCCAACGAACAGAUGAAGGAGGGAAGCUUCAAGGUCACGCGCAUGAGGUGUUGGCGAGUCACGUCUUCUCAAGUCCCAGUAGCCAACGGUACAACCAAUCCCUGCAGCUCAGGCAAAUGCGACGUCAAACUGGAGCUGGCCUUCGAGUAUCUGAUGAGCAAGGACCGCCUCCAGUGGGUCACCAUCACCAGUCAACAGGCUAUAAUGAUGAGUAUCUGCCUUCAGUCCAUGGUGGAUGAAUUAAUGGUGAAGAAGUCAGGUGGAAGCAUAAAAAAGAUGCUGAGAAAACGACACAACGGCUCCAUCCACCGAACAGACAGUCAGCAAGCUGUGAAAUCUCCCCCUCUGCUGGACUCCCCUGACCCGAACCGUGAACAAAUUGUCAAACUCUCAACCAAGCUGAGCUCAGUGUCCCUCCGAGGGAUCAGCGCUUCCAACUCAGCAAACGACAUCAGUGGCAAUGAUUUCCACGGCAACUAUGCUUUCGAGGGAAUCGGGGACGACGACCUGUAACACCACCCGCCCCCGCCCCCACACCCCUCACCCUAUUCUCCCUCCUCCCCUCUUCAUUCCACUGUCAACAACUGGGAUGACAAAGAUUAUGAGCUGAGCUGAGCCGAGCCGAGCGGACCACACACACUUGUCCGAUUCUGCAAGAUUGUAGCUUCUUCCUGGAGAAAUCGCUGCCUUAAGCUCUCGUUUAAUCUUUGACAGUGUCCUUUCUUUUAGACUCUUAAAAGCUUAAAAGUAUCUGAGUUACAAUCAUCACAUUCGUUUGAAACUUUGUCCCCAUUUUGUUAAACUUGUGGCAACAUACAGUACAAUAGCAUGUGACGCUACAGGUACUCAAAUAGGGAUGCUUUCCUGUAUGUGACUGACAAAUUCCUGCUUCAGUUUCAUUCACAUGGAUUACUGUUUCAUGGACAGUAUGUGUGAAGUUCUGUAGUGCAGUUAAAUCCUUGCGGUACAAAAGUAAAUUAAUAUAUUAUAAACUACAUGAAGAAAAUCUGCUAGAUCCUGGAUUCUUCCCCCGAUGGCUGCAUGUUCCUUUCCAACUAGAGAGCCAAAUGUAUUAGUUAGACCUGGCACUAGUGACAAUACAGCAGAACUGGACGUGGAUAGUCCUGGAAAUGACCCCGGGUCCAGCGAAUGUGUUGAAAUUGAUCUCAAAACUGUUCAGAGCACCUACUUACUUGUACGGAAGAUCAAUAUUUGGCUUGGCUAUAUACCAAAAUGUCAUGUUUUUAUACUGUUAGUCAUUCUCUGUGUGCCAUGUUAUUCAUGUGCCAAGUCGGUGAAUAUCUUAACAAGAUGCCAGUGGUGUUUUCAGCUUACGUUUGAGGCACAGUCACUCAUACAGCCUUGUCUGAUGCCUUAACUGUUACUUUUUUUUUUUUCCUGCCUUAUGGGUUACCUUGUCAUCCACCACGACAUAGGGGCAAACUAAAAAUAAAUGUCAGUGUCAGCUGGUGUUACCUAGAAUCUUGCAGAACUUGAGAGAUGGUUGAUUUGGCCGCGCUGCUUGCACUUGCUGAACCCGUCAUUUUGCACAGUAUUACAGGUGGAGAUGAAUGUUUGAGUGGAAGCUUGAGCAUAACUUUAAACAUUUUGUGGAGAUUUUUUUUUUCCCCAAGGGGCUCUUUAAAUCCAUCUGUGAUUUUAUUAUUUUUUUUAACCAAUUUUUUAAGGUUUCUCAUAAAUGCCAAAUUAUAGUUUACUAAAGCAUUUUGCACAAAAUAAACAUAAAAAAUUAUGACAAUGUCACUUUUUAUAUUAUGUACAUGCAAUUAAGUAUUCUGAACAUUUACUAAUAUCUUUAUCAUCAUAGCUUAUUGUAAUCAAAUAGAUCAAAUGUAAUCUAAGCUGUAUAGAACAAAAAGUUUAAAUGGACUAACAUUUAUCAUUGUUUACAUAAUGCUUAGGGGACUUUUUAGUUAAAAUGGAAAGUGUUUACAAAUUUUGCAUCUGAUUUUCUUUGUCGUGUUCUUUCUGGGUGAGCGAUGGUGGAGCAUUCUUAGGGCCUUCAGUUCAUUGUGAAUUGUACAUACAUUGUGCCAAUCAUCUCAGAGGAUUUAGCUGAAAAACGGUGCUUCGAUGAAGUGGCUAAUUUGAUCACAAUUUGCUGCAAGUUGAGUGACGUUCGUGGAGGGCAGGCAACAAAAUGAACAUAUCCCGCUGUUUUAUAAGUCAUGUCAUUCGAUUGUUUUUUGUUUUGUUUUUAAUUACUGUUAGCUUCAGUUAUUUUUAAAAAGCUGCGUCUCGGCAUGUUUUGAAGCCUCUAAGUGUAAAUCAGUGCCAACCUAUCAACAGCUUUACUCUCACUGGUAGCCACAACUGUAAACAAAAAUGUUCUCAAUAUAAAAAAAUAUAUAUACUGUCUUGUUCUUUCA